AAAAAUUAAAGAAAUGAUUCUGUGGCAUCUUGAAUGUUUACAAAUUGGCAAAUAAAAAGUUAGUACCUAUGGAAAGUAAUUCUCCUGAUUCCUGUAUCAUUUAAAUCUAGGUUUAGUAUCGACUCAACAUUAUCUGACAAUAAAUAAUAAAAGCGGCUCAUUAUUUUAUUUUUAUUGUAGUUCAAAAUUGUUUGGAGUAUAUUUUAGUGUUGGUAGUAUGAAAUCAAGAAGAGAAGAGUAGAACUUUAAUACAUCUUUAAUAAAGUUUAAAAACUACAAUGUCAGCCAGUCUUACUAUCAAUCUAAAAAGAGCAAGCAAGGUUUACCAUGAAGGGGAGAUAAUUGCUGGUGUGGUAGUGGUGGAUACGUCAACAGACCUGCGCCAUGAGGGGCUCACUCUUACCAUGGAGGGAUCAGUAAAUCUGCAACUCAGUUCAAAGAACACCGGCAUAUUUGAUGCAUUCUCUAACAGCAUAAGGCCUAUUAAUUUAAUUAACACAGCUAUAGAGUUAGCUUCAGCUGGCAAGAUCCCGGUUGGCGUAACAGAGAUUCCCUUUGAGAUGCCACUGGUGAGCCGACCCAACGCUGUGGGUCCAGGCUUGUUGGAGACGUACCAUGGCGUGUUUGUAAAUGUGAUGUACACACUCAAGUGUGGUAUGAAGAGAUCAUUCCUUAACAAACCACUCAACACCAGCUGCCAGUUCUUUGUGCAGUAUAAACCUCAAGAGCGCGCGCCCCCUAAGCCCGUGCGAUGCGAGAUAACGCCUGCGACGCUUCGGGCAGCGGGCGGUGGGACGCGCGCCAACAUGCCCGCGUUCCAACUGUACGCAGAGGUGGAUUCCACUGUAUGUGCGCUGGACGCGCCGCUCACGGGAAAGAUCCGCGUAGACGAGUGCUCGGCGCCCAUCAAGUCGAUCGAGUUACAGCUGGUACGACUGGAGACCUGCGGCCACAGCGAAGGCUACUCCAAGGACGCAACGGAGAUCCAGAAUAUCCAAGUGGGUGAGGGCGACGUGUGCCGCGGCCGCGACAUUCCGUUGCACAUGGUGCUGCCACGCCUCUUCACGUGCCCCACCACCGCCACGCCACACUUCAAGAUCGAGUUCGAAUUAAAUAUUGCUGUGAUAUUUGAAGACGACUACUUGGUGACGGAGAACUUUCCCAUACUGUUGCUGAGAAGUAGGUAACUGUAAUGCUCAACUCGACAUUCAUCUAUUCAAGGUCUUCGAAAAUAACAAACCUUCAAAUUUCGCCAAUGUUUAGUUUGGAAUCUACUCACCACAAAACAUUGGGGAUUUUCUGUAAGGUGAGACAGCUUACAGACUAAGAGUCCUGCAUAUUCAGUAACUUUCUUGACAAUUGGGAACCGGUGCCACGUGUCAAAUUUCGCGAUUAGUGUACAACUGCCGCCGUCAAGUUUAGAUUUGUAUGAAAUUAAACGCUAGGCAACUUUUUAGAAAAGCUCUUCGGAACAAAUCGAAAAUAGUUACUGAGAAGAGUUCAACACUGCUGUGUUCAAAGUAGAAUUGUAAUGAAUUGUAUUAUUAUUAUAAUAAAUUAUUUACACCCUU